CAGGCUGCCGAUUCCGUGCCCGACGGCGUGACCGUGCGGUCGCCGAGGGUGCGGUCGAGGUGCGGGGGCCCAAGGGUUCGCUCCGGCAGCCGAUUCCCCACAGGGAUUCUGUUCGAGGAGGCGGGGAAGCAGCUGUCGGCGCAGCCGGCGCAGCCGUCCGACCGCUCGUCGAGCAAGUUUCACGGUCUGGCCAGGAGCCUCGUGGCGAACGCCGUGCACGGCGUGUCCCAGGGGUUCACGAAGGAACUCGACAUCGUCGGCAUCGGAUACCGCGCGGAGGUGUCGGCAUCACAGGUUGUCUUCCACCUCGGGUACUCGCAUCCCGUGCCGUUCGCCAUCCCGGACGGCAUCCAGAUUGCGGUCGACAAGCAGAAUCACAUUACCGUGGCCGGUAUCGACCGGCAACGGGUCGGCCAGGUCGCGGCUGACAUUCGGGCGCUUCGCAAGCCGGAUCCGUACAAGCAGAAGGGGAUCCGCUAUACGGGUGAGGUGCUCAAGAAGAAGGUCGGCAAGACCGGGGCAUAG